CAGCUGUUUUUGUUAUAACGUUAUAGCCCACAAUGCGUGUUCUGAGGAAAAUGUACACUCCCGUGGUUGAUCGUAAUUAUUCCUUAGAAAAAUUGGCCUCGCAUUAUGAUAAAGGAAGCUGCUGACAAGCUCGUUAACGAAUUAAUCUUGUCAACGCCAACGGUUCAAUUACACGUCAGUUUUUGAGCAGCAGUGACUGGUGGCGACAGUGAUGGCAGAAUCGGUAUGGAGAUGGAGGUAGUUACAGUGAUAAAAGCGGUAGUGAUGGCGGCAACCACAAUGAUAUGGUGAUGGAGCAAUGACAUUAUCCAACGUUUAAUAAAAGUGUCUGUCUGCUGACAACAGCAUUUUCUACGUGAUUUGUGAUGUGAGACCCGCGAAAAAAUGAAGAUUCACGUAACUUGUGUGUACUGGACAUUGCUCUUCAUAUCGGUCGCCUCCAGUGCCCUCCUCUUCGUCAUAGUAGCUUCAGAAAAUGCAGAAAACAAUUAUUUUUCAUCUGUAAAAAAGAAUGAAUCAUCUGAAAUUUAUGAUAAUGAUACAUUGGACAGCAUAGAAAAUGAUACUUUGGAGUCAUCCAAUAUUCCUGUUGUUAAACUGAAAAACCCUAGAAAACUGGAAUCCAAUUACAAAGAGUAUUAUCAAGAAAACUAUCCUGAAACAUCUCUCAACUUGGAAACUAUAACAAACAGUGAAACAAAAAGAAAAGAGAAUCCUUACAAAAAUGUAGACAUUGUGGCUGAGAGUCUUCCCCAACAACCCAAUCUAUCGCAUGGAAUUUCUGGAACUGAACAAGCUGCGGUAUUGACACUGGUGGAUACAGCAGCAGCAGAGUUACAAAGUUUAGUAGAACCAAAGUUUACAGCAGAGUUCUCUAGAGGAAGAAUAUUUGGAAAAAAUGCAUCUUUAUUAACAAAAACUACCAAGAUUGGACAAGAAACAAAAAAGGAAGGUAUAGAAAUAUCAACUACACAGAUUCCAUCGACUGUUAUAGAAGAAAAUGAAAGGUUGAACGAAUCAAACAUUCUUGAAGAAGAAUUAUUAUCAAAUGAUGAAGGAAUGUCUGAAGGAGUAGUAGUAGUGAGGGCUGAACAAGGACCUAUUAUUAUCGAUGAGACAGAGAUUCUUGAAAGUGAAGGUAAAAUACUUCCUGAUGAAGUUCCAAAAGUAGAUAAAAUAGUUACAAGAUCUCCUGAGCUCAGCGACUCUGAUGCUAAAGCUCGGUUAAUGGGACAUACAAGAGAUGAAGCACCCACCAUUGUUAUUGGUGAAGAAAUUGUGCCUGUAGCAUCUCCUGAUCCACAUGAAGAUAUUCCAUCUUUUAAUGAAUGGACGCAAAAAAGAUUGGAAGAGGCUGAAAAGAAGAAAACUCAUUCGAACGCAUCGGUUCAAAAUUCCGGAAUGCCGGCGCAAAGGGUGGGUGGAAUGAAGGUUCGUUCCAAGAACUACGCUUCUCCCGAUUGCGGAGCCAAAGUUGUGGCAACCAAUCCAGAAGCCAGAAGUGCCAGAAGCGUCCUUGUAUCUACCAGGGACGAAUACAUGUUAAACACUUGCACAUCUCGCAUAUGGUUUGUAGUAGAACUUUGCGAGGCGAUUCAGGCCAAAAAAAUCGAGUUGGCCAAUUUUGAGCUGUUCAGCUCUACUCCUAAGGAUUUCUCGGUGUACAUCAGUGACCGUUUCCCCACGAGAGACUGGAGUUUAGUCGGCCAGUUCACUGCGAAGGAUGUGAAGGACAUUCAAAGCUUCAUCUUGAGGCCACACCUUUUUGGAAAAUUCAUCAAAGUGGAACUCCAUACAUACCAUGGGUCAGAACACUUUUGUCCGGUCUCUUUAUUUCGGGCUUAUGGCACCAGCGAGUUCGAGGUCUUGGAGACGGAAACGGAGAACCAAAUUUCUAGAGAAACCAGCACAGAUGUAGAUGAUGAAGAGGAUAGCGACGAGGAAGAACCCUUAGAUGUCGACGUCGGCGAACCUCCAAGAAAUUUAUUUGGUAGCGCCAGAGAUGCUGUCUUAAGUAUAGUGAAGAAAGCGGCUCAAGUGCUAGGGAAGUCCAGGGAAUUCACCGACAAGAACAUCACUACUAUUGAACAAAGUGUAAACGACGACGGCAUAAUCGAAGGCUCAUUAGCAAGUUGUACUACGCCGAGGUACACUAUUCUCUGUGACAAUUGCUCGGCCCAGACGUUCGCCAAGGUCUUCCAGUUAGUUAGUUGUAGGGAUCAUCAACUGAAUCAGUUACUGAAGGUCAGUUUUGUGAAUAGAACAUUAAAACAAAGUGGGUUCUGCAGAAGCUAUCAAGUGGACGUUGAAGCUUUCAGGAGAAGCUUGAGUCUGGAAGCCGAGGAAAUUACAAAUGCAGUAUUAGGGCAAAGUCGGAAAAAAGAUUUGUUGACGUCUAUCUUUAAACUUGAGUAUAUCGCAGCGCUUUGCAACAUGCUAGCAAUAAAAGAGGGUAAAAUGGUAGUGAAUACAAGCUUCAUAGCUAACAUAGCCACACAGUUUAAUUAUUCCAAAGAUGUUAGCAAAGAAAAUAUGUCUCGUAAAGGUAAUGAGAACUACAACGAGUCAACCAAACCGCUCGAGGGUUCUUCGACUAUCUCUACUUCUAAUGCAAGCACUAAGUCAGCAUCUUCUCGUGAUCAACAGAAAACUAGUCAGGAAUUACCAAAUGAGGAACCUGAGAAAUUUAUUGAGACUCCUUCGAGUCCAGAUCACAUAGCCUCGCAAAUGAAGCCAACGCUUCAGAAAGAGGUGAAAAACGAGUCCUCGGUUCCUACUUUGGAGUCUGGCAAAGACAACACGGAAGAGAUACCUCCGGCUGAGAUGUUGUCAACUGAAUCAUCCCCAAAUACUGGACAGCGUACAACCGUAAAAGUUCCUGAAGAAUCCUUUGCCAUCCCUGGUACUGUGAUUGAAAACUCUCCUCAAGCCACCGGCCCUAUAUCAGUGGCAGUCAAUGAUAACAAUGAAGCAUCGCAUGACAAUACAGUAGCUGAUGCAGAACCUACAGAAACACGAGGCGCACCAAAUACUAUAGAGAAAGUGGAACGGCUCGAACAAGAAGGAAAGCAACCAGAGAUUCUAGAACAAGAAAUGAAAUUAUCGUCUCAAGAUUCUUUGACGUUGGAUACUCUAUUAUCCGACUUGAAGGACUUAGAAGGGGAGGCGGUGCAGAUGCAAAGCGGCUCUGCUACAAGUGCAUCUGCAACGCAAUCGACGAUGAAUAUUAUGCCGCAAAAAGAAUCUGUUUUCCUUCGCUUGUCUAAUAGAAUUAAGGCAUUAGAGAGGAAUAUGUCUCUAAGUGGGCAAUACCUGGAAGAGUUAAGUCGACGCUACAAGAAGCAGGUCGAAGAGAUGCAAAGGUCUUUGGAGCGAACGGUGGCGGUGAUGAACGAAGAAAGCAGGAAAAGAGACGAACGCGAGAUGAUGAGAGCCAUGGAAAUUACCAUAUUGAGAGAAGAAAUAGCCGCUCUAUCAAAUUCAAUGAAGAACCUUUUAUACGAUCGAAACAGUUGGCGAGGGACAUUUGCAAUGAUAGGUCAAUACGUUGUUAUAUUGUGUUCACAAAUCUUUGUGAUAUUCCUGAUCCUGUUGUACUGUCGGUCGAGUAAAAAAAUACAGAGCAAAGAAAACCAAGACUUGAAGAAGGAAACUCUACGACGGAAGAGCGCAGAGAAUUUUGGCACUCACGUGAAGAAAACAAAAAAGCGAAGACCAAGCGAGAUAGCCUCUCAUAUCACAGGAACCUAUCGCGAAUUGAUGAUAGACGAGAGAUCUCACGAAUCGAAAAAGGAAAGGAAAAGGAAACGGAAAAAAGAAGCCGCGACUAGCGGUAACAAAACAAUUCUAAAAAGUGAGACGAGGCCAAAUUCAAUCGUAGAAUGCCCACCAAAUUCUCUUCUAUAUGAAGGGUCAGCCUUUGAAACAUCCCAGCAGAAUGAUGGUCAAACUUGCAAAAGGCCUAAACAGGUUUCAGAGAACACAGACGAUUGGUUUAACAAUCAUGAAGUGAAGUCCGCUGUUCAGGUGAUCGUGCCAAGUAGAUACAACUUUGAAACAGAAUCUGUAAAAAGUUUGGAGUUCACCACCCCCUACAUAAAUGAUUUGAGUGAAUCGAAUUCGUUGCCAGUAAAUGCUUUCUCGGAAAACGUUAAUUCCGGCGAGAAAACCGGUAAAAUGUCGACGGACGCUUUGAACUUAAACAAUAGCGGCGUGAUCUUAAAAGGCACGAAGCUGAGCGCCACAUCCUUUUUCAUGAAGACUGCUUUAAGCACUAGGAAAAAAAGGAAGACAAAUUCGAGCACAGUGAACGGGGAUCGGAGACGUAAUUCGAGCGACUCGACUGAGAAAUCUGUGGGCACGAGUCCUACACCUUCGAUAUCUUUGCUCGAGAACUUGUACAGCGACUGUGAUACAACUGCUAAUGGUCUGUCAGUGGACCAAAGCGAUGAGUCUAGGAGCAGUAGCGUGGUGUCGAUGUCGAAACAAAAGGACAGAAAGAGUACUGGUUUUAGGAAGAUGGUGAGAAAAUUUUUUUGAUUAAGAUAGACUUGUUAACGACGCUUGUCCAAGCUAAAUCAAGACUUCUCGAGAGACCACGCUGGUUCCAUUUUAUGCGUAGUGUAACGCUCGAACUUGAAUGCUUCGCUGAUAUGACAUUAAAAUAGAGUUGUAGAGUAUACGAAACUACAGAGUUACGCUAUAUUGAAAUCAUGCUUGUACGAUGUUUCUGGAUGUAAAUGUUACUGUUAGGAAAGUUGUUCGUGUAUACAUAGAACCGUUUAAAAAAGUCUGAUCACUUUUAACGUUAUGGUACGCCAGUAGAAUUAUUUUCUAGUUAUUCGAUUUAUACGUAUACAUAUAUUAUAUAUAAUGUGUAUUGCAGUGGAUUUUCCUAUGGUUUUCUUUUGUACAUACUUUCAGAAUCAUCGUUGAUCCUGUUUAUCACAAAUAGGACGAUCGAUUGGGAAAGAGAAACGUAAAGAAAGAUCAGCAGUUUGUACAAAAUAUGAAGGGGUGAAUUCUAAGAGGUGGAUAUUUGUGAUAGUUUGAGCGCAUCUUCGAUCAGUAUCUCAGUGUAUGACCUAAUAUACGUGCAAUGUUCUUUUAAUUAACCCCCCGUUUUAAAAGAGACGACUGAUUUACGUGUUAUUACGUACUGUACAUAAAUACGUUUGCAUUAUAUAUUUAUUAUGGUAAUAGCCUAAUACUAUUAAAAUAUAUAUUAAACAUCUCAUACUUAAUACAGCACUGCUUUUUAUAAAAUUUGUUACGUUUUUCAACCCCCGAACAGCCAAUGGCUCUAAGACGAACGUUGUUACAUUUGAAGUUUUGAGUUUUACGGAAAGCGUGUCGUACACGACUGUUGUCUCGAACCAUAGUUGUACAAAGUAUUUGCAUACUGGUUAUUCAUUUAUUUACAAGAGUUUAUACGACGAGUGUUUUUUUUCUGUGUACGAGUACACGUGCGUGUGUGUGUGUCUGUGUGUUUUCGUGCUGCUUGUUGCGAUAAUUUAGUUAACAAAAACUGUUUCUGGAUUGCAGUCAAUAGAAUGAAGAAAUUAAAUUAAGUAUAGUUGUAUGAUAAAACUUUCCUAGCGCCCUAUAUAAAUACAAACGAUUUUUAAUA